CACCCCCACAGCCCGCGCGAGUGAGUGCCGGUGAGUGGCUAAUGGUUUUGCGAGUCGGGGCUGUACGCAUCGGAUGCCGUUCGCACCGCGUUUAGUACCCAGUUUGCCAUUGUAUCGACCGUUUACUGUGCGCGCUCUAGUUUCUCUUACCGUAACCUCUGUCUGUGUUUGUGUGCGUGUUUCUAUAGCUAGACCAGAAACAGAAAUUCUGUGUCUCCGCGUGCGUGCGUGUACAUGCGCUUUAGUGUGUGAAGCUGCGUACCACCACCUUUGCAUACGCGACUAGGUGCCGACGACGAUUUGCUUUAGAUAAACUCCGGAACGUAUAAAUAUAAAAAAGCGAGCCUUUUUGUGUCCCUUGUCGGGUGCAUAGUGUAAGCUCACUAGCAGCAGCUAAAAAGGCUCUAACUCUUUGACGUAGUCGGAAAGGAGAUAGCGGUCUGACCUCUCUCUAGGCGCAGAGCAAACAUUUUGGUGUGGUGCAAAUUGAAAUUAACGGCUUCGCAAAGUUGCGACAAAACAACAACGACGACGACGAGCACAGAGAACGCACAGAAAAAUAAAAAUAAAAAAGUGCUCACACACACACACACGACUGCAUAUCCUCGAGAGCAAACAGGAAGCAAAACACGACACUAAAACGCUCUAAGGACGAACGCUCUCGACGACGACGGCCGUUUGUUGUGUUUUUGCUUUGCAGGUGAAUGUAUAUUGUUGUUUGUUGUUUGUAUCCACCCUCCAGAGAGCAGCCAGAAAGCAAGUCUAGCAAGACAAAGGUGGUGUGACAAGGUGAAACCUUCCAGGAAGUGUACCGGAAAGCACGAGAUUGUCCUGCGGAAGUUCCAGAUUCGAGCCAUAAAUCAGGGCCAACUGCUGUUGUUGGUUGGUUGGUUAAGGAGAAAGAGAGAGAGAAAGCACGAAAUAGUAAGGAAAGCCGUUGGAAUGAAUCAAAUUCGUCUGCUGUAAAAAUAAAAGCAGUUGUUAAGCAGUCGUGUCCCGGUGAUUUGUACAACAAGAAGAGGGAAACGUUCUUCAGUAGUCCAUUUGUGGCAAAGCAAAGUCGGCCAAAAGAAGGAGUGUGCAUGUGCUGCAUUAAAACCACUGAGCACACUUAAGCUAGCCGGAGCAGCAAAAAGCCUUUCCACUACUUCCUUCGAGUAAGCUUUUAGCUCCUACAAAUAAUUAUAGAAAGCGGGAUUUAGCGACCCACACACACACACACACACACACAUCCAUCUAAAUCAAGCGCACGCACGCACGAAUACACAAACACAUCGAGAGAACAAGGAUAAAGUGCGCCACAACCUUUCCGUCUCUUAGCUCUCGAACCCGGUUCGUUUCUGGUUGUGGGUUCGCCCAACGGCAUCCACCACCACCCCCUCCUCCCACCUCGGGCAUCAGGCUUCUUCAGCGUGCAAGGUAAAAUCCCCCCCGGCCUCACGACGGAUCCGUACCCGGCAGCACUGCACAAAAUGUCCAUACCGACCCCGGCUGGACAGCUUGACGGGGCGGCCCUGGCGGCCCCCAAGUACGGGACGCUCAUACCGAACCGGGUGUUUGUCGGUGGAAUCAGUGGCGAUACGACGGAAGCCGAGCUGUGCCGUCUAUUUUCAUCGUACGGUAACGUCAAGUCGACCAAAAUCAUCGUGGACCGGGCCGGCGUCAGCAAAGGGUACGGUUUCGUGACGUUCGAGACGGAGCACGAGGCACAGAAGCUACAGAACGAUUGUGAUUGCAUUGUGCUGCGGGACCGCAAGCUAAACAUUGCGCCGGCCAUCAAGAAGCAGACCCUGUGCGCCACGAACGGUGCCGUGUACUAUGCUGCCACCCCGCCAACGCCAGCCAUCAACAAUAUACCGAUCGAGCAGUUCGCCACAGUCUACCCGCCCGGUGUGCCAACCAUGUAUCCUCCCACGUUGCCGUAUCAACCGUUCUACCAGUACUACAGUGUGCCAAUGAACGUUCCCACCAUCUGGCCUCAAAACUAUCAAGGAAUCUACCCGUGCUAAGCGACAGCUGCGGCGUGCGCGUACGUGGACGACAAUGAAGCAUAUAUAGAGUAAAGAAAUGAUAUAAGACUAUAAAGCGCGAACAGUUGACGGGUGAGAUCAAGUCUCAUCAUGCAACGGAAUACCGGUGCCGAAGUAGGAAGCGGACAGGCAGCGCAGCAGCAGCAAAAGCAGCAGCAGCAGUAGCAGCAACAACAACAGCAACGACAACAGCAGCAACAGCAGAUCGCGAACAAAACAAAUCUUAUUUAUUAUCAGUCAGUCACAUUUAUACCGACUGCGUGGAGGUUGUAGCGCAAACCAGAAUAAGAAGAAAAUUACAAUCGAUGUAUAAACAGUAUAACUAGAAUCGGCAGACGGUUAAUGGAACCAUAGGAUAGGCGAGCGUGCCAUGGAGCCGCAGUACGAUAAGCACGAACAGUGGAACUAUGGGCGGAACGCUAAAGUACUCCGCAACAAAACAACGUGUGGUCAAUCGAACGGUGAAGCAAUAACGUUACAAACGCGUCGACAAAAAUCGGUGAGCUUAUGAGUUUGUUCUUCUGUACUUAUAGCGCAGUGCGCAUGUAGGAUGGAACCGUUUGUUGUUUUGUUCCGUUUUUUUUUUUUUGUGGUAGCAGGAUACGGGCAGAUACACGUCUGGCCCCUGUCGCAGAGUAUUAUGUCGUACGAAACAAGAACGCAGCGUACUAUCAAAACCCGAAUGCGUAAUAAGCAAGGUGGCGUUAAAAGCUAGUCUUUCUACCAUGACGCGCGCUGUGUCACGCAGCGGAUACUUAGCGAGUUGCAUUCAGCAGUGUAAGGAGCGUCAAUUUAAGCGUGCGAUCUGUCGCUGGGAGGUACGUGUGUCAUAGGGUAUCUCUUGUACGAAAACAUCGCAUGCUAUAAUCCCCAUCCGGAAGGGAAAACACAAGUCAACAAUGCUGUCUUUGCCACACACACACACACUCUCGCACACGUUAAUGGUCCCAACAGCCGUCGCCAAUGUCGCCGACGUUGAUGGUGUGAAUGCGGAUGAUGAUGAUGUGUGGAAAAGUUUCGAUAUCAAUUCUCCUGUACAUGGCGAACGCUGCACGUUCUUCGUCCCCCGGGUGCAAGCGAAAGAUACUGUGACACCGAAAUGACUCGUCGAUGGAGUUGUGACUAAAGAUCGAGGGAAGGAGUCGUCGAUGCGCUGUCUCAUUAUACGUUAAUAUCGUCAGGCACGUAAGACACACACACACACACAUGCACGAAAGCAAUGGUUUAGAGAAGAAAAAGGAUCAGGCUGUGAAGAGAAAGGAGAGAUUUCUACCGGUUAGGAUAAUAGCAGGGCCUCGUGACCGUGAGUAAGCGAAAUGCAAAGGAUGUUGAACAUCCCGCUCCUUCUCGCGCUCCAUCGUUAGCUUUCCCCAAGAGUGUGAAUACAAAAAAAGCAACGGUAUUCGAGAAAAGGAAAACAAUAUGAUCCAACUAGAAGCCAUAGGAACAAGCAAAAAAAAGGGGCAAGGCUUUGCGCUUCCAUUUACAUCAAAAACUCAUCGCGGCACAACUCCACCGUUGGGGCGGGCGAGGGAAUGUAGCGUAGCAGCAGCGCACAGACACAUAUUCCAUCACGAUUCACUGCGCUCACAUCACACCGAAUCGAAGUAAUUCAAACCGUCAGGGCAAAAAGUAACAUUCAGACACGUCAACAAAGGAGAGCAGGAAAAAAGGCAAACCAGGAGCGGCGUACAGCAUUAACAUAGAAACACACAUUUUCCUCGGCGCACAAAAGAAGGCAUCGGGUAAUAGGUAAGCAAAGGAUAAUAUGCCUCUCUAGUCAUCUAAAGAGCGCAAAAGGAAGUGAAGGUAACUCGGUGGUGUAUGUUGCUUUCUGCGUUGGGUACGGCGGAAAAGUUGUAUCCACACCAACCGGAUAUAUAUACAUUCAGGCAGGGCCAAACAGAGAGGAACGGUAGGGUGUGAUGCGCAAGUAAAACAAAAGCGAAACGAACUCGCUGUCUCGCGCUCUCUCUCUCCCUUGACACGACGGAAGUUGUACAGGUUGAAGCGCUCACCGAAAUAUAUACGCAAGCAGGCGGCAGAAAGAUAGCAAUCCCCUUUGCAUUUUCCGGCUUGUAGCUGCAAGUCGCGAGGGAAUUCGCCCGCACCGAAGAAGAAAGGGACCUCUUAUGCAUUUGUGUGAACAUUUUUUCUGGAUGUUCUGACUGUUGGGUGCAUCGUGGUAAGCCCAGAAGUAAAAUACUACCCGCAGGUCCAUCUACUUUUGGAGCGUACCUCCCACGUGGUACAUCGUUGUUCAUCUUUGGGUGUGUUGCGUGUUUGCGCUCCUUCCUUUCGUGGUGUUGUGGAGAUUGUUCUAUGCCAAAAAUCAAAACAAAACAAAAACUUCUCCGGAAAUAUCUUUGGCUCUAAGGCUUUGCGUACAGCAGGGAAAUUGAACGAACUUUAGUUCCUGCGCAAAAGUGAAUAUAGAAACUUUAUGUGUUGCGCGGCCCGCGCUUACUGUUGGUAGACUUGGACGCUUUUGCAGUAGGACGAGCGUAAGAUGUGAGAAUAUACUGAGCAAGAUUCUACGCACAGGAGUGUUUGAUUGACGGAUCCUGACACCUAAGGCGAUAAUAAGAUUUACAUGAGUGAGAGUAGAAACUGCAUCAUUGCAAUAUUUGCUUUAGCUCGUACCCGGUUUUACGUGCGCCGCGCCCCCAUGUGGUCCGAAUGUGAUAUUCCGAUAACCGAGCAGAGGAAGAAGCACGCGCGAUAAUAUACAUAUACUACGUGGUGGUGGUUCCCCAUUCACCAUUGGUGGGUGUGUGAGCGUGUGUGUACGCUAGGUACGCAGCAGCCCCAGUUACUUAUAUUGUGCACCGUUGAUGUCUUACCUUGUGCCAGCGACGUGGUCAAUGAUGAUGUCUUUUUAAGCCGGUUAGAGCAAUGGCAAAGUAAUAUUAGCAGGAAGAUGGGGGGAAAAACCCAAAUGUAUCAGCUUUUAUCCGUUUUGCAUUACCUUCUUCUUGAUGUGUGUCUGUGCGUAAAAGUUGCGUUAGCACAAUGUAAUAUCAAAACUACAGAGAGAUGAUUUUACCGUAACCUAUCACAAAUAGCAAUAGUCGCAGAACGACAAACUUUCACACAAAACUAAUGUGCGCUGUACGGCGCCCUUUUUGUAGUAAAGAGAAACCUCCAAUAACUCAAUAACCUACCUAGCGUGUGUAGUGCAGAUUCGUAACACAAGCCCCAUUAUUAGUAUUGCAUUCAAUAAGCAGAAGAAAAAAAAAACACAAAGACGACCGAUAUGUUGUGAGCCUAAAGCGCAUAUUGUUACGUUUGGUGCUAGCAUUUUGGACGCUAUUUUGCAUGAAAAAGAAAAAUACAGCCACGCAAAAUGAGCUUCCGGCGUCACAUGCCGCGCGCAUCGGAAAGUGAUUGGCGAAAGCGAUCAUCCAUCAAGCCGACCGGACCCAUAAGGCGCCCUUUCCAUGGAGAUGCCCAUUAGGCUGUCUUGUACGUUCUUGUUCCGCCGGGCUGCCUCUCUGUGUGUGUGUGUGUGUAACGGGCUGGGCAACUUUUUUGUGUGAGGUUUCUUUUUAAAGCUGUUUACCUUGUGUGAGCGGGGGGAAAACCCCGGUCAAUGAUUGAUGAGACUUAUUACAUCGAAUUCGGAAACUGUCGGCGCUUGAUUUGAUAUGUGUAGCGCAUAUGUACGCCCAUAUACGCGGCACCAGGUGGCUGAAAUAUUAGCAAUUAAAUAGUGACACAAUUCUAACGGGGCACAGUUACUUAAAGCGCGGAAGCUGGUGGUGCCUAACGACGCCUUGCCGUAGAUGGUUUAUAGUUUCAAUUCAGUAGGAUCUCUUAGACACCACCGGCCAACGGUGUACUAUAGCAGAGGAAGGCGUUUAGGAUGCUAAUUCCCUUUUCCCAUUCGUUAGCCCGUGCAUCUUGCCUGACGUGUACUUUCUUGCCACCUCAGUUCGAUGAGUCGAGAUUGCCGAAAGCCCCCAAAUAGUGUUUAGCUGAACUGUACUUGUUCGCUGCUGUGUGGUGGUGGUAACGUUACAUUCGUUCCUCCCGCGCAGCAUCCUUCCUCAUCUCCCGUAGCUGCAGCAGUCGUCUUUCGUUCAGUUUCUGCUAGCCACCCCGCUGUGAGGGGGUAUGGUAUGAGUUGAAGCUUUUUUUGAUGUCGAAUUGCCGUAGUGAUUCUGCCCGAUUUUGACGCCAAAUCGGAAGGGAGGAGAUAAGCGAAGGAUUAGCCUGUUGCCAGAGCUUAGGUGCAGCUGUGGUAAUGUGUGCGUGUGUGCAGCAACCGGUGGCGCAAUAUUUCUGCCGUCUGGACGCGGCGGACCUACUUAAGUAAGACAAAUAACACUCUCAAGCAAAGCAAUUGUAGCAAAUUAUAGCGGUAAGUUGCGCGUAGCAAAUGGGUCUGGAAGACUACCAGGCUACCUCGGGUGAGGAUGCGAUAAAAAGGGUGAGGUGAGGGGUCACACCCCACACCAAAUAGUGCUUGUGUGUUUAAUGAUUCUCUGCUGCCAUGCCACACGCUGAUAAUCAGGUUUCAUCAGUUUAAAAUCAGUUUAGUUUAGUUUAGUCACUUUGUUAUCGAUGGUUGCGAUCGAACCUCCCCUCCCGACGACCCCCCCCCCCCCUUCGUUGAAUAAUCAUUAAAGCGCGGUGCAUUGUAGCACCAUUUGUUAACUCGUUUGUCCCAAAGACAAUGUUGAAAAUCGAUUGCGAAUUAAGGUCGCGUUAGUGCGAACGUUAUAUUUACGCCAAUGACAAAUCGUUAUCUCCUGCUGCUAAGAGUUUUCUGUUUUAGUUGUUGUGGCGGUGAAUAUUUUGUUGUUUUUCUGUUUUUUUCUGUUUUUCUUCCUCGUCCUUGCUUUGAUUUCACCCUUCAGAGUGUGCGAAUGACAUCGAACCGCCGUGGUGCACACCACGUGGUGAACGGUAUGCAAAGCACACUCGCACAAGCAAUUGUUGAGCAUUUUUUUAGUUUCCACGCUAACGAAACAUUGCUAUUUUUUGUGUGGGUUGUGGGGUAAAAGUGUGGUAAUUGUUCAGCUGGGAAAGCAAAGCAUCAGCACAAGAUGGAAGCAAUGUUCGGUUCACAACAACUACAUUGCGAUAGUGAGACUGCGUCAAACGUGGUAAAAAAAUAGCACGAAAGACACAAUGCGGAGUUGGUAAAUGUAACAAACAGCAAAAAAGAGAAGAACACAAGCGAAACAGGCGGCAAAGUUUUGCGGCGAGCGCAAACAACUCUUUAUUAUUUUAAGAGCAAAACCUAAACGGGAAAUAAAUCUAUUAAAAAGAGGAUAAGAGUGCAUAGAGGGAAUGAAGCAACUGGAAAAGCAAACAUAACAUAACAAUCUAGUAAAUAAAAAACAUACUGUAGCGAACCAGAUAUAACAAAACAAUCUAAACUCUUAGCGGUAGGACACACAAAGAAAGUGCAACACAUUAGAGCAAACUUUCAGCGAGAGAAGAAGAAAAAAACGGAUACGAGACAAAUAAAAAUACAAAUAGAAAUGCAAUAUAAGCAGCAGUAAAACAAAUUUAAUUACAUCCUUAACAAUCUCGUUAAUUGGCGAAGGUGAAAAGGAAAAGUUUUUUCACAAUUACUAGAGACAGAAAGAACAUAGUGCUCUAACCAAAUGGCGUCUAAACAUCAAUAGUAGAAACAAAAAAUGGCAAAAAGAUUGCGAGAAAAUGGAUGAAACAAAUAUUAAAGCGUACCGAUAGCACACAACAUCACAUCGAAAAAGAAAAAAAUAAAGUAGCUAACAAAAAAAAAAAACCGUAGCAAAACCAAAACAAAGCACCUUAAUAGAAGAGCAUGAUGCAAAUGAUGCAAACAGAUUGCAAAAAAAACCGCGUAACGUCAGCAGAUGAAGCCAUUCCCCGCCUGAUGCAAGCACAUCCACCAUAGUGUGUUUGACACCAUGUGAUUGAGCUGGAUGUGAUCACAACUACACGGAUAGAACAAAGUCGAUUGAAACAGCUAACGUACACUAAAUGAAACUAAUAAACCAUGAAAACCACCUCCAUCAAUCGCACACAGUACAGAUCACGUCAAAAUUUCACACUCACAUACACAGUACAGUACAUAAAAAUGCCACACAAAAGGCGUGUGCGUGGUGCACAGUUGAGAAAAUGUAUAUCAAAGGUUUCAAAACAUGCAAAAGUGCGCGAAAUGUUUUGAUAUGAAAUUUAUUGUUAUUGUUGACACAGAGCAAAGGUGUGUUGUGUGUGUAUGUGUGGGUGUGUAUGUGUGUUGAUGUGGUAGAGAAAGGGUUAGAGAAAUGCUAGAUAAACCUGAAGAAUUCAGAAGAAUAAAAGCCUAGGAUGGGCCUAGGAUUCCGAUGGGAAAGAUGAUCUCCAACACAUCACAUAAAGCAUAAGGUCAGGAAAAGCAAAGAUCUUGACUGCAGGAAAGGAUGGUCGGUUAUAAUUAAUUGUUGAACUAAGAUCGCUCAAUAUCGCCACACACACACACACGCGCGCGCGCGCACAGGCACACACUCACACGGACACUCUUGGAGGUUGUUGAUUAGUGCAUUGUUAGGAAGAAGCGGUUCGUGUGUUAUUAUUUCUUUUUUUAAAAAAGGUGAAACGAAACGUACUCAAACACACAUGAAUUGCAAAAAGGAUCUCGCCGCAAUUCAGAGCGAGCGAUUCGCGAUAAUAGGGGUUGGAAAACAGAGUAAUGAAGAAAAUGGGCGCGCUCAGCAAGAGAGAGAAAACAAACAACAACAACGCAAACAAUGCAAAACGAUUGGAAAAUCCAAAAGUAAUAUUUGUGAUAUAUUUGCCAAAACCAAAUGCAAAACAAAACUGAUAAAAGAAAGCAGCACAGCAAAAGAAGUAAUAAUUGUUUAGUGAACGUGCUCCUCCUAUACCCGGCAAACGAAAACCCCGCCCGGGCGGUAUUGCUGUCAACUAGGUUAGGUUUGUUGAAAAGGCCCCUUUUUGCUGUGUGCAACAUUUUGUGGAUACUCUUUUCUUUGUUCCGUUUUUUUGUUGUUGUUAUUUUUUGGAUAACAAAAUACGAUGGGAAAUGAAAUUCUUUUCCCACUACGAUUCAUGCUCUCUUUGUCUAGUACAUAUUGGCAAAUCAGAUGGCUUCCAUUAGAGACACACGGUGAUCGUUUGUAACUGAAGUGUUAGGGACAUCCUUUUUUUCGUCAAAUAUGAUCAUCAAAGUUCAAGGAUCGUCAGAACCUCUGAUCAAACUCUCUCUCAUUCAUUCGUCAUUUUCAUGCACGCUUUAGUGGCAAACGAGUUUGGCAAUUUGAAGAGAGCUAUCGGUAGAAGUAUCUGUGCUUUGUUUGCAGCUUAUUCAUGGCUAUGGGAAACUGUUCGACAUUGAACAUGAUAUAGCAUACGGUUUGUGUACUUUAAUUGCACCUUAACAUUACAUAUGUUGGCCAUCAUCAUGUAUCAUCUGUUUGCGCGCUUAGCAGUAAAUUGCUUGGUUCCUAAUUUGUUGCUUAUUUGCUUAUUGUCAUACAUUCAUAAAGUCAGCGAUUUAACGGGUUCGUUUGGUUAAGCAAAUUGCAAUCGUUACCAUGAUUAAAACGUCUCUGCUUACUUGCUGUUUGAUGCGAACGCUUCUUCUCUCUUGCCAAUCGUAUCACCACGAACACACAUCGGACGAACUGCUGUUGCUUCAUCUCAUUUCACCAAUGAUCAGUGACGAUAGAGGGAGUAGUAGAAGAAAAACAGAGAACGAAAAAAGAAGCAACCCCAUACAGAAACGUAUAAAAUCAUCCAUGUUAUGGUAGAUCAUCCAUCAGCUACAAUGCAUGGUCGUUGUUUGUGAGCCGAUUCUAGCCGGUAGACGAAAAGAUAUAACUCUUAAUUGCCCUAAAUCUAAUCUAGUGGAUCGCUGAUGGUGGCGGUUGGCGAAACGAAAAAGGACAUUUUAAAACGAAUAUAUAUAAUGUGCUCUAGUACGAAAACCUAAACAUGUAAGAAAAACCUAAGUAAACAAAUAAACAAAAGAAGAAGAAGAAACUACACACAUACACAUUAAUAAUAUUAUCUCUAUUGAGAUAUAAAAGCAUACAUUAUUUAUUUAAAAACAAAACGGCUAGCGGUAGAUCAACGGCGCGGACAAAAGGAAGGAAGAGAUAAAGAAUAGCAGAGCGAACAAAACAAGAAAAAAAAACAUGACGAGAAAACAAGAAAAAAGAGACAACGUGCACGCGCAGAGAUGACAUAAUAUUGAAAUGGAAAAUCUAGCCAGACGAGAACGUGAAAAGAAUGAACUAAAGUCUAAUUUAUUUAUAUAUAAUAUACUAUAUACAGAUAAACGUAAGCAAUAAAAAAACAAAAGUAGAGAAACUGAUAAGUCAACCCGACAAUGGCAAAGUAAAACUGGAAACGAAAUUUAAACCAUAAAUUAGUCGAAACGGUGUGAAGCAUGGCAAGCGUAAAACAGAACAGAACAGAAAAAUAACACAGAAAAACGUGUGAGAUGCAUUAUAAAAAGAGUAUAAUAAUCGAUAUAUACCAACACUUAUAUAUAUAUACAUUAAAUAUAUACAAAGUAAACGAACCCUAGGGUGUAAGGUACUAGUGAACAACACAAAGAAAACACAAAAUGAAAGCACAUUUUAUUCCCCAUCAUUGGGAGGGGGAGAGAAAAAAAACUCAUUCAUUACGUCAAUCUCCAUACCUCCUCAUACGGACACAUUUCACGUCACACGAAAACACUCUUAACCAAACCACUCCCUUAGAUGGUUAGAAAUGUAAGGAAAGACACUGGAGAAAGUAAAAGAAUAAACAACUGAAAAUGCAUAAAACUCACUCAAUCUUACCAUACAACUGACACAGACAGAGACAGAGAGAGAGAGACACGUUAUCUAAUACAUCAUGUAUCGGCAGGAUGCCAACGGAAACGAUGAUAUUUUUUAAAAAUAUUAUACCUAUACACAUGCCGCAAUGGAGAAGAGAGCAAGGAGGCAGAUAUUGUAACGACAAAUGAAUUGGUUUGGUUAGGAAAGGCCAACGGUUAGACAAUGAUAUGAGUGUUUGUAUGUAUAUGUGUGUGUGUGUGUGUAAGAGAAUGGGCACCGAUGGAACAACACCACCGUAGUGGAACGUCGGUAGAAACCCACACACACACGCAUUAUUGAAUAGUAAAAUUGGAAAGACGGUAGGGAUUGGGAUGCCAAUGGCUAUGAUGAAGUGAGAGUAAUAAAAUAAUUAGGAAAAUGAAAUAAUUUAUACAAUAAACAACCCGAUAGCAACGCGGUGAAACAUUUGGAGUGAAAUCUAAAACAGUAGAAAUUGAAGGAAAUAAAAAGAAGGAGAAAAAAAACAUAUAUGAUAUAUACAAAAUAACGAAUAGUAAGAAAAAAAGAGAAGAAACAAAAACGAAAAAAUAAAAAAAUAAACACACACACACACACACAACCUUUAACAAACUCUCUUGUAGAUGGUGCAAAAGUAAUGCAAACAAAACAGACAGCCACACACCAUUCUCUUAUACAGAACAUAACACACACGCAUAUAGUAAUGUAAUACAGAAGAACCCUAAAAACACAAACACAAACAUAAUGAAGAAACAACCUAACGGAUGAAAUAUAUUCAAACUGUCGGUGAUAUUUUUAGAUUAUAGAUAAUACGAAAGAAAGAGAAGAGAGUCUGUCAAAGGCAACAAAGACGGGCACGGUAAUAGUGGAUGGGAGUGAGCAAAAGUGAACCAGUAUAACACAUAAUAAUAUUAAAGUAAUUGAUAGCAAGUAAUAAAUAAAUGAAAAUGAAAAGGUGAAUAAGCAAAUGAAACGAAUGAAAAAAGAAAAAGAAAACCCCUCCUCCUACUAAUUAUACAACACAAACACAGAUGCACACACUUACACAACAAAAAAAAAAACACAUGGAAGGAAAAAUUGUGAAAUGAAUAAUUGAAAAGGAAGUGAAGUGGAAUCGAAGAAGACGAAAAUAGUUGCAAAAAAAAACAUCUAAACAAGUUGUUUUUUUCUUUUUCUGAUUGCUUCGAGAAAAUCAGCGAAAACAAAGGCAUAUAACUGUUCCUAUCGUUUGAACUGGGAGACGUGUUUCCCUUUUGAUUGGUUUGGCAACAUAAAUACGCAAACAGGGCAGUACUAAGCUGAGGUGCUACUAUUGUACGGUAUACAAUAUUGUUCAGCUUUGGUUUGCAGCUCCUUUCGUAAAACACCUCGAACGUCGUUAUUGUUUUCUCUUCUAUUUUUCUAUUCCUUUUGUUUUGUAUCUCUUUUAAUCAGUCGUGAGAAUGGUGGUAGUGAUGGAGUUUAUUACUUCAAUGUUUUAUCGCUUCUAAACGUUUAGUUUAAUUAAUUGCACGUGCAUGUGGUUUCUAUUUUGUACUUUCAUUUUAAUCACCCAAAAAACAAAGAGCGAGCUCAGCUCAGCAAAUUUUAUCAACCAAUGGACAAUAAUGAAGGGCAAAAGUAAAGGAAGAAAACGAGGGAAAAACUUAAAAUCGUGCAUCGAAAACUGGUGGUUAGACACACUUGGACACUUGGACACUAUAAUUCGGGGAAAAAACGGAUCUAAAACGGUCUUCUAAAAAGCAAUUCGAUACGGAAUAGUUUUAUUUUUUAGGUAUAUCGAAUGUUUAGGAGGGAACUAGGUUUUACACCAAAUGCAGCUACACAUUAAACACACACACACAUACACAAAUUCAAAUACAUACACAUAGUUCGUUAAACAAAAAUAGACAAAUCUACACACGCACACACAUACAAACAAACACAAACUUAAGUGAAACAAUUAUACACAUUUAUAGGAAUCUACUAUAUGUACGUAUACAAGAAAGUGGAGCAACUAAGAAAAGAGAAUAAACAACAACACAGCGAGAAAGAAAGAAAGAACAUGAAAACAUUGUACUACUGAUGAUGAUAAUGUUGCGGGUUGCGAAGCAUGCUAUUCUUCUUCCACCAUGACCCCAUCAUGCAUUUGCCAUUGUGCAGGCAUUAUUUCACAUCGAUGUUGGUUUCUUUUUAUUGUUUGUAUCUAUGUUCCCGUAAGACGAAGUACAUGUAGCUCAAAUUGUUGCUAUUAUUCUGGGAAAAUUGGAAAUUAGAAUGUGGGACAAUACAACAUUGCGAUGCCAAAUUUCGUUCGAAACGCGCGAAUGUUAUCUUAGCGUUGAGCGGUUAAGUGAAAGGAGUUACGGGGAAAUGGGAAAAUGUUUAAUAACAGUUGUAUUAUAGACGACAUUUGUGAAGUAAAAAUGGGUAAAACAACCAUCGAUAAGAGGGAAAGUAAGGAAGUUGGAAAUAGCAAAAUUUGAAAGCAAGUGCAAGAAAGAGGGUUUUAUUUUCAUAUAGAACAAUUGAAUGAGGAAUAUUAUUAAUGACAGGGCAACACAUUGACACACAUACACACACGCACACAUACACGCAGGUGUAACUAUGGUUUUGUAACAGGAGCGAUAAGGGAGCUAAUAAUUUAUUAUAAUACCACCUUACUAAGUCGUCCCAUUACUAACUCGUUCGUUAAACUUUGCGAGCUUACUGCCCGAGACGACUGAUAAGAGUACUGAUGACUUGAAGAAAUGAAAAAAAAGAACAAGAACAACGCCCAAUAUCUAAAGAAGGAAAACAAAAUACUGGUUAUUAUUAUGUUUAAAUCGAUAACACUUCGUUUUAGUCCGAAAUUUGUAUUGUUCACUUACGUGCUUUAUUGUUUUGUAAUAGUGUUUCCUGUUGUUUUCCAGUUUAUGUUUUUUUGUGUGAUUUGGUUUUCAUGUUCACUGGUAUGUUGUUAUACAUUUGUUUGUUUUUAUUUUCGGUUUAUUUCUCUAAUGUUUUUCUUUUUCUUUUUAGAUGUGAAAAGAAGAUGGAAUAGAAGAAGGAUACACAAAAUACAAAACAUAAAUACACACACACACACACACACGCACACUAAGUCAAUCGAAAAGCAAUCCAAACUCCUCAUCCUUCAUUAUAUCUCUAUUAUUGUAGCUCUGCGUAAGGUACGCUACUAAGGGAUGUGAAUCGACAAGGCCAACGAUUCGAUGGUGCGCAUGGUAUAAUCGAACGGCUGAUGUUUCACUGUGUGUUCAACUUUCAAGGUGAAAAGUUAUGCCUAUGCAUUAGAAAGACAGAAACGUACAUUGCAAUAGCUGGAACCGGAUCGUGGAAGCUGCAUAUAAACUAAGCACGAUCGAAAAAUGGUGCAUUUAAAGGCGUAUCCCGCACCGCACAUCCUUCCCUUACUUUCGGAAUAGUUGAAGUGAAGAGCAGAAACACAUAAAGUACAUAUGGUUGUGUCAAAAACAUGAAACUACUCACAAAAAGGAUGAAACGCGAAACCGCUACAGCCGUGUAUGUGUGGUAGCUGCACGUAUUAUCGUAACAUCGAAAGAUCACUUUCAUCCUAUAAUCAAACAUCAAACUGGAUUGUAGAGCAGUCCAUUUUUUCGACUGGUUUUGUAACAGCUGAAUAACUAAACGAUACUGAUUUUAUGUGGCAUUAAAAAAAAAACAGGAGCAGUCAUAUCAGUUUGAGUGUAUGCAAAAUGAAAAAAACGAAUAAUUAGUUUGAUGAGUGCGUUAUCUUUCAACGCUAUUGUUUACCAAGGCCAAGAUUUGAAAGAGAUUUGGUUUAAUCCGGGAAAACAUCACACACACACACACAGGCAUGUUUAUUGUAUUGUGUUGGAUUAAUUUAGAUCCUUCGUUUCGUGUUUUCCAUAGCAAAGCAUUACCAUUCACUGCGCCACUAAAGCAAUACCUUGAAAACUACAUCCAAUGUGCUGUUUUACAUCCAUAUUUAUAUAUAUACACAAGAAAAUACAUUAAGAAGAUCAAGCCUUCCAUACCUGUUGGCCAUGUAGCAAAAGAAAAGUCGAACGAAUAAAAAAGUGCGAGAAGGAGAGAGAGAUAGAAAGAGAGAGAGUAUAAAAAACCUUAAUAUAGUAAGGCAACUAUGAAAGAUAUAUAUAUAUAUUAAGGGCAAUAACAGCCCGCAAGUGUAAGGCCAGGGCCUUUUCUUCAUUUUACUGUGUCUUCGUAGAGCGUAUAUUGUAGAAGAUGAGGAGAAACUGUGGAAAAGAAAAGAAGAACAAAAAAAGACGAAGUUAGGCAGGUGACGAUUAUUAUGAUCGAUUAUUAUGAUUAUUAUUGCUAUUAAAAAUAAACCAGAAAAAAGAAUAAUGUGAUAGAUUUAAAAAUAUAUAUAUAUGAAUAUAUAUACAUACCUACUGUACUGUAUAUGUACUGUCGUGUAUAAGUAUAAGAAAGUAUGAAAAAAAAACCGAAGCACUAAAAGGUGGGAGGAAAUACAAACAAAAAUCUAAAACUGGUAUAUAUACACAAGAAUAGGAAAAAGAAAACAAAUAUAUAUUAAUAAUGAUAAAACAAACCUACAAAGCAAACCGAAACAUACAUACAUACAUACAUACAUACAUGCAGUACGUAGCGGAUAGGAAAAGGAAAGCAAGAAUGAGUGAAACAAAAAACAGCAAACAAAAAGAAGAGAGAAAAAGCUAUAUUUGUCCCCGAUAUAGCCGAAAACCAUUUUACUUCUCUAGUAUGAACAGUGCGCGCCACAGAACAGAAGAAUCACACGUGCAGCACACGGUCUUGCGCCCAGUCAACUACAAGCUCUCCUUUACACGUAUUAUAUACAUAGAUAUAUACACUCAUAACUAACACGCAUAACAAGAGAAAGGAAACGAAACGUAGCGUCAAUGAUAUCUCUACACAUAAAUCUUAGAUAAAAACAGACAAACAAACAAACAAACAAACAAAUGACAUAAGAAAUGUGUUGGAAAUGGAAUAUCUGCCCAGGCAUAGGAAAGCAGAACGAAACAAAUCACCCAUACACAAGCACGCAUACAUAUUAACCAGCGACACUUUCACUACUUCCCCACUCUCGAUGUAAUAUCAAAAUAAUGCACUCAAGCGAAUGGUAAAGCCUAUAAACGAUAACCCUAAGCGUAUGAGCAAACUAUCGCAGCCAGUUGUGAUACGGUGCAUGGAAAGUGUCGAUACAAGACAGCGGUUUUAUUUGAUCGUUAGCUUGCUUGCUCAAUGUGCUUUUUCGUCAUAAUUCCUUCAUAAAUUUUUCUUUCGCAAACAGCAAACAUAGAAAGUAAAAAACUCUAUUGCUAGAGAAGAAAGAUCCUAACUUGUGUUUUGCUUUGAUUCAUUUGAACAUUAAAAAGCGAACGAAGAACAGAAAUAAAUCCUCAGAACAGAAAGAAAGAAUUAGCGAAAUGAAAGAAAGGAAAUAAACAAACAAAAGCGUAAUGCAUAAUGCGUAACGAAAAAAGCAAACACUAUCUUAACAAAACAAAACCAUUGAAAACGUAAAAUUAUAUCAAUUAUUCAGAGAAGCCAAAACAAACAUAACAAAAGCAAAACAAGACUUGGAAACGAACGGUGGCAAUUAACGCUCCUGUAAUAAAAGCAAUUACUACUUCCAGCGACGAUGGGGAAGUAGCGAUUUUAACGUGAGCAAUUAAACCUAAUGCAAUUACACUACUUUCACCCUCUCCUCCCCCCCUCUCCUCUCGCCCCCAUUCUCCCCUCGCCACUUCUGUCCACUUUACUACUGUAUAGCCUGCUCAGUCAAUAUGAUAAAAUGAAACCUCUAAUCGCAUAAACAAAAGCACACGUAGCUACGUAAGGGAAAAUGACGAACAAAAGUAAAAAGUCGAAUCGAAACAACAUCACGAAACCGAAAUCGAAACUACUGUAGUAGGUGUGGGAAAAUAAAUGAAAACAAACAAAAAAGAAAGGUAAACGAAAGAAGGAAAAAAACAAAACUAAAUAUCAACUUAAACUAAAAGGAAAAUUGAUACAAUAACAAACACAUAGAAAGCAGGAACAUAAGAACGACGGAGGGAAGGUAAUAAUGUUUGCAUGCAAUAGAAGCGGGUGACAAACUAAAAUGGCAUAAUCAAUCAAAAUCACUAGGUUCUUACUGGCUCCUAGCAGCAGCAGCAGAAGCAGUAGCAGCUCCAUAAUAUCAAGAUUUACUUCGCAAAUAUUCUUAGCUCUUAUUUAGCUCUCUUCUAACUUUGCGAACAAUGGCUACACGUAAAACUACAUGGAAAAAGGAAAUGAUGAUACAGCUUACCCUAUCGCUAUUAACUCAGUAUGCUUUGCUCUUGCUGGUGUUUUGGUUUGAGCACGUUUGUUCGAACUCUCUUUCUUGUGAUUACUCAUGUCAGUCCAUGGCUUAGCUUUUAGUUCAAUCUCUUUUCUUUUCUUUAUGCAACCUUCACUUUUCGGUUGUGACUGAAAAAAAUUUUUUUUAUCAUUUUUUUCAUUUUCUUUACUAAAGUAUUUAAAAAAUGUGCGUUCUAAAAUCUGUUUCUACAAACCGUUGCCGAAAGCAAGAACAACACAUUACUGUGCUACAUAGCGAAGCAAAUCAUUAUCGAACCGAAAACAUCAACAAACCCCCUACUCUAAAAUAGUAACUCUUAAUGCUCUUUAAACUCACUGCACUGUCAGGCUCUUUUAAUCUACACUUUUAAACAAAACAAAACAACAAAAAAAAAAACAAAACAAAAAUGGCGCUACACAACACAAAAGCACUAACUUACAGUUCUAGAAUACAGUUGUAGAGCAGAAAACAACAAAUGAACAAUGAAAAAAACACAACUCGCAAAAGCCACUUUCUAAUGAUGAUAAUGAAGAGAAGAGAAUUGCAACAAAAACUAAAUAACUAAUACACAUCUACAAACAACAAAACACAUAACACCGCUGUGGUGAACAGUGGUGAAAAGAAGAAAUAAAUCAAAAACUAGUCUGUCGAAAUGAGUCGAAACAUUUUA